AAAGUUACAUUUAUUUUUUCAAAUUAUACGUCAAUUCACAAUGGGUCAUUCACAGUAUUUUGAGAAACACAAUUUGUAUAAUGUAACCGAAAUCAUUUUAACUGAUUAAAAGACAAAUGUCUUUUUUAAACAAAUGUCAAGUCUGCAUUCCAUCGGAUCCAUGUCCAUUAUAAGGAUCUGUGCUUUGGUGAAUCCCUGCUGCUGUGGACGGGAAUUCCGCCAAUACAUCCUUUUGAAGAGGAACCGCUUUGGGGUGAAGUUUUUCCAUCCUCUGUGAUUUCAAGACUGGGUUUGUUCAGGACAUUGUCAUCUACACUGGAGCAACCACUGACAUCACUCAUUAUGAUGGGCUAGGGCUGUCCGGGUCAGUGGUGAUGACAAUGCUGGCUCCUUAUCUGGGGAACCCACACCCCCUUUGUGGACAAUUGGUACAGCAGCUUUUCCACCACUUGCUGACCAACAGCACUGGGCCCUGUGGAAAAAGUCCAGCCAAACAGAAAGGGGAUGCCCAGCUUCUCUGGUCAGAAUCUUACCUACCAAAUGUACCUGGCCAAUGUGAUGCGACAGCUGCUGGAGGAGCACCACACCCCUCAGCGUCCAACAAGUGGAGGUCGUUCUGCAGCGGAUAACCCCCUGCGCCUCACUGCGAGGCACUUCCUGUCUAUGAUCCCGCAGACGAAGGCCCAAGGCAGGCGCUCGCGGAGGCACUGUAAGGUCUGCCUGUCCUCAUCCAGGAAGAGGAAACAGAAGAGGGCCACAAAGUUCAUGUGUGCACCCUGCAACACGUGCCUGUGCGCGGUACCAUGCCUUGAAGAGUACCACACUCUGAAGCACUACGAGGCAUCUACAAGCAGAACAGCCACAGCAAAUCUACACUUUGCAAUUUUCCAGAUUUUUAGGAUAAAACCUUCCUGUUUUUUUAAUUAAAAAAAACAAUUUAGGGAGAAUGGAAGUCAGCUGGCAGUGAAGUGGCACGAUAAGCGGGAUGUCCACGUCCUUUUUAAAUUCGGCUUUUUUAUUUUUUA